AUAUGAUUUUCAUUGCGCAACUUGUAACAAGGUCGUAUGCUUGCAGAUGUAGGGGCUUGGCUUGUAUAAAGGCUGUAUUCAGCUGGGUUCUAAACAAGCUUUUUUCAAAUCAAACAGGCUAGGCAUGUCCUGCCAAACCAAUAUUACCAACUUCUUCAAAAGGAAGGCCUCAGAAGAAACAUGUGUUGGGAAGUGGCCUGUCAUCAAAAAGGCACGCUCGGACUCGUCCCCCAACAAGGACAAGGGCCUGACGCCUGGCUCGCCAGCGACCGUGCGGCAGGAGCUGCGCACGCUCUGCUCGUCCCUGCCCGUGCUGCACCCGGCCAUAGGACUCAGCUGGUACAAGGCGCUCAAACCCGAGUUCGGAAAGCCCUACUUCAAAAAGCUGAGUGACUUCGUGUGCGCGGAGCGGCAGCGCCACACGGUGUUCCCGCGCCACGAGCACGUAUUCUCCUGGACGCUGGGCGAGACCAGUGACGUGAAAGUGGUUAUCCUCGGCCAGGACCCGUACCAUGGACCUGGACAGGCACACGGCCUCUGCUUCAGCGUGCAGCGCGGCGUGGCGCCGCCGCCCAGCCUGCUCAACAUGUUCAAGGAGCUGGAGUCGGACGUGGAGGGCUUCCGACGGCCGGGCCACGGCUGCCUGGCCGGCUGGGCGCGCCAGGGCGUGCUGCUGCUCAACGCGUGCCUGACGGUCCGCAGCGGACAGCCCAACUCGCACAAGGACAUGGGCUGGGAACAGCUGACGGAUGCUGUCAUCCGGCAUAUCAGCACCAACCUCGAGCACGUCGUCUUUCUGCUGUGGGGCUCCUAUGCUCAAAAGAAAGGAUCUCUCGUGAACAAACAGCGCCACCACAUUCUGACAUCGACCCAUCCGUCGCCGCUGUCUGCGCACCGGGGCUUUCUCGGCUGCCGCCACUUCUCAAAGUGUAACGAGCUGUUGACCCAGCACGGCCGCGCGCCGAUCGACUGGAGCAAGCUGCCGCCCGAGUGAGAGCUGCGGGAGGACGCGGCAGCGCUGACGUCACCUAGGGAGCGGUGGCGUCGUGACGUCACCAAGGGAUCCCGACGUCAACGCCGUGCGUGCGGCGUUUGUCAACCGGGGACGGCCGAGCGCCCACCCCGGGGUCGAGUGACCUCGAGUUCGGAGUGGGCCGGUGCCGGCGCCGGGUUACAGUCCGCCUCGUUUGACCAGAGUAAGACCCGGGUACAAACUGAAGGUUGGGGAGGGGAGGGGAGGGAGGGGAGUACGCCGGCGUGCGUAAGCCUUGAUCCACUGGAUACCGUACAGGCCAUAUGCAGUGCUCGUCUACCACGUGUGCUUACUUUGCCACGUCUGAUUUGUUCAUCUUGCAUGGUAUCUCCGUGAGCUUUGAUCCAGCGCUGCUGUGUGGGCGGCGAUCUUGCUUCGCUGACGAGGCACGGCCCAGCGCCCGUCUUGAUACGCUCAAUGGCUACGGGUCAGCGGAGCAGCUGAACGUUAUUCGAUGUGUUUUGAUGCCGCGGAACUGAGUGUUUUUUUUUUGUGCUGAUGGAGUUCAAGUGUGACGCCUGGGUAGAUCGAGAAUGAACACGUUUUUAGAUGUUAUUUGACAUUCUAUCGCAACGCAAGAGGGUAUAGAGUUGCAGGCGGGGAUAAUAUGCCGCUUUCAAGU